ACAACAACAAAACACAGCAUGGCGGAUGGCGGAGGAGACGGCGAGCAAGAAAUUUACAAGCCAACUUAUCGAUCGAGUCAGUGGAAACAUUUUGGCUUUUGCAAACACGGAGGUGUUCUAAAUAAGUCGGUCCCUGUUUGUAGAAUAUGUAGAAGCCAAAUAAAAAACCACGGAAACACGACGAAUCUUUCCAGCCAUUUACUAAGGCGCCAUGGGAUUAAACAAAACGCCGACAGUCCAGGCACCUCUAGCAGCGUUACCGCUGCAGCAGCAGCAGAAGGUAACUCCAGCUCUGCAGAAACCUCAGGCCUCGCCAGCCUGUUUUGUCAGAAACUUGGCCGAAACUCAGCGCGGGCGAAAAACAUCACAGUAACAAUUGCCAAGUUUAUCUGUAAAGACAUGCGACCCUACAAUUUGGUUGAAAAUCCGGGAUUCUGUGAAUUGAUCCAAACAUCGGAGCCACGGUACCAGAUACUGAGCCGACCACACUUCUCCGAAAAGAUCAUCCCUGAACUGUACAAAAGUACUAAGAAUGAUGUGAAGAUGUCGCUUUCUCAAGCUGAACGUGUGGCGAUGACAACGGAUGGCUGGACGUCAUGCUCAAAUCAAGCCAUGCGAAGACGACUCAACCCUGGUUGCAGAGGUUAAGAGGGUGAUGGCCAGUGACCUCUCCACACGCUACAAAGGCACCCGAGAUGCUCUCAACAUAGCAUCAGCGUUGGACCCGCGAUUCAAAGAACUGCCCUACCUGGAAAAAGAGGACAGAGAACAGGUCUAUGCAAAACUGGUUCUUGAGGCACAACAGUCUUACUUCCAUAGAUACCAGCAAUGGGAAAUGAGGAGGAAGGUGAGGGAGGCUCAAGCCCAAAGCUGUCAGGAUCCCAGGAAGAGACCACAGCUUCAAAUGAGUCGCCUCCAUGUAAGAAGAAGGCCUUAGAUGCACUGUUUGGCGAUUCCUUCACCCAAAGAGAAAGAAAAUCCACAAGUGAGACAGCCAGAGCAGAGGUGAUAAGGUACCGAGCAAAAGAUGCAUUGCCUUUGACUGAAAAUGCCAUGAAGUGGUGGAGAUCACAGGAGAAAGAGCUACCACUACUUUCAACACUUGCUAAACGGUACCUCUGUAUCCCAGGCACCAGUGUGCCAGCAGAGCGCGAUUUUAGUACUGCUGGGGAUAUAGUAAACGCACAGAGAAGUGUUCUGCGACCAGAUCAUGUGGAUCAGCAUAUAUUUAAAAAAAAAAAUCUGUAGAGUCAUUGAAGAGUAGUUGGUUACAUCCAGUGGCGUUUCUACAUUAGGGGGAAUGUAGAAUGUACUGCCCCACCUGAUGGCGCUGUUGUGCAGAAAGCUCAAUACAUCUGUACUUUGUGGCCAAAUAUAUUAAAUUUAAUUUUAUAUGCAAAGUAGCGUGAAUGUGUGUGAAUAAACUUGACUCACAAGCAUUAUAGUCUUGUUUUGGAGUCAUUUGAUUUGUGUGCUUGCUCUGUGAAACGCUUCUCUCUUGCCGUCCGUCUCUGCUCUGGGGCAACGGCCCAAGCUUAAGACCGUUGCCAUGGAAACACCAAUGAGCGUGAACCACACAGGCCAAAGUUAAAAUUGGGAGGUGGGCGGAGUUAGGGCACUUCUGAAAGUGCCCCAACUCCGCCAACGAAAUCUGCCUAGCAACUCGACUUGAAUAAUACGAAACGCGACUCCAGCUCCCAGCCUGUUGCCUGCUCGGCUCCACAUGAGCUAACAGGCUACUCCCCGUGAACACUCCCCGAGUCUGUGGAGAGGUUUCACUCACAGAUCAGAUGAAUAAUACGGUUUGAUCUUCAGUUUGUUCUCCUGACAGAGAAGCUAGAGACGUCUGCGCUCCCGUUUCUGUGGUGAGUCAAGUUUACUAUUGUGAUAGUAGUGAUGAGCAGGUACCUGUACAUGGCUUGUCAGCAGAGGUGUAAAGUAACGAAUUACAUUUACUCACCUUACUGUAAUUGAGUAGUUUUUUGUGUACUUUGUAAUUUUUUGAGUAGCUUUUGAAAUGGGUAAUUUUACUUUUACUUAAGUAGAUUUUGACUGAAGUAUUGUACUUCGCUACAUUGGAAAUUACAUCCGUUACUGAGUAAAAAAACAAACAGUUCAAGGCGCAAGGCAAUUCUCACUGCAGUGGUAGAUGCUGCAUAGACUGGAUGACGUUCCCUCACGUGCACGUUCAACAUAUGAAAACUGAUCGUAAAGUUCACUGCGCGACAUGCACAACACUGCACAGGGAGC